AUGGAGUAUUUCUCAAGGCAGCUUAGUAUUGCCACUGCUAACCCUAGGGUUAAUUUUCACUCGAAGUGCUGCCAUCAAAGGAUCUCUCAUUUGGCUUUUGCUGAUGACAUUUUACUAUUGUCUAGAGGUGAUGUCCCUUCUGUUGGUAUUUUAUACAAUGAGCUACGGACUUUUGGCAGAGUUUCAGGCUUAUCUAUAAACGUAGCAAAAUCCUCUAUCUUCUUUAGUGGUAUCAGUCAACAUUGUAGGGAAACCCUACUGCUCCUCACUGGGUUUACUGAGGGGAGGUUCCCCUUCAACUAUUUGGGGGUGCCAAUAAGUCCUCAUAGGCUUCUUGUCAGUAGACUGGAGCUGAUCAGGUCUGUCCUUCAAGGAAUUGAGCAGUUCUGGAUUGGUAUCUUCCCUCUACCUCACCAGGUUAUUAAUAAAAUCUCCAGUAUUUGUAGGAACUUCUUGUGGACUGGUGAUAUAUCUAGAAGCAAGUAUGCUUUGGUUGCUUGGAAGGAUCUAUGUGUGCCUAAGCAAGAGGGGGCCUGGGUUUGUUUAACUUGGAAGCUAGGAAUAUGGGGUUUCUAA